AUGAUCCAGCGCCAAGCCAAUAAAGAGAAUUUGGCAGAUAAGGGUGUUGCACAUGGCUUCGAUGCCUUUGUUCUCGAAUACAACGCGCAGUCUCGCACGGUUUCGAUCUACGGAAUGGCCACAGUGGUCGAAACUAUUUUGGGGGCAAUUUAUGUGGACUGUGACUCAAAUAUGUUUAUCAUGGAAAGUGUUAUGGAAAACCAGGACCAUGUCAACGAAGUGACACAGGAGGCUUCGCCCGUGGCCUUAACAGCCACUUCAUUACCUUAUAAACCCCCGCCGAUCCCCGCUAAGCUCACGCAAUCGUCCCAGUCCUUCUAA